AUGUCUAAAUCGGUCGCCAGAUUAAAAUCUAUGAAGAAAGUUGCGGACAAAAUUGACCAUAGUUCGAAAUUACGCACAAAUAUUCCUGCGGGUAUGGCUGCAGCAGGUCCACCUUUGGGUCCUAUGCUCGGCCAGAGAAACAUCAAUAUAGCAGCGUUUUGCAAAGAUUUCAACGAACGUACGGCCAAUAUAAAGCAGGGAAUACCGCUCCCAACGAGGGUGAAGGUUAAUGCUGAUCGGUCCUAUCAACUUGUUAUUCACCAACCUCCUGCAUCAUAUUUCCUGAAGCAAGCUGCUGGUAUAAGCAGAGGUGCUAUGGAACCUGUGAAAGAAAUAAGUGGGAAAAUAACAUUCAAGCAUUUAUAUGAGAUAGCCAAAAUAAAGUCGCAGGACCCACCACUGGAGUGGAAGUCAUUGCAAGAGAUCUGUGUCAUGUUGAUAGCAACUGCAAGAACCUGUGGAAUAGAAAUUGUCAAAGAGUUGGACCCAAAGGAAUAUGGUGAGUUCCUACAAGAAAGGAAAAAGGUAGUUGAAGAACAAAAGAAGUUGCUGCAAGAAAAACGAGAAGCCAAGAUGUUGAGAACGGCUUAA